AUGACCACACGAGAAGUCGUGAAGUGCUCACACCAAGACAUCGAACUGACACAUGUUCGAAAAUGCAUCGAGACGGGCGAGUGGGGAAACCCGCACUGGGCCAAAUAUUUACCUGUGUGUGAGGAGCUGUGCACUAUUGGUAAAAUCGUGAUGCGAGGGACCAAAUUGGUAAUUCCGGUAGAGUUGCGUCAAAAGGUCACUGCCAUUGCUCAUGAAGGUCAUGUGGGGAUGUGCGGCACAAAACUUCGCCUUCGCACAAAAGUGUGGUGGCCAGGUCUCGACAAGGAUGUAGAGAAAUUUGUCCGAGCCUGCAGUGGAUUUCAGCUAGUGGCUAGACCGACACCACCGGAACCAGUAUUGCCAACCGAACUGCCAUCCGGAAAGUGGCAAGACUUAGCCAUCGACCUACUAGGACCGAUGCCGGCAGGAGAAUAUAUAUUUGUUGUCGUAGAUUACUACUCCAGAUACUAUGAAGCGGAGAUCACGACAUCAGUGACCGCGAAGCGCAUGAUCGAGCUGUUAAGUAAGAUGUUUGCAAGUCACGCACUACCGUUCACCAUCACCAGCGACAACGGACCACAGGUUAGAGCAGAGACAUUCGGUGAAUUCUUGUCAGAGAACAACAUAAUCCAUCGAAAGGUCACGCCAUUGUGGGCACAGGCGAAUGGUGAAGUGGAAUGCCAAAACCGCUCCAUAUUGAAAAGCAUGAAGAUCGCGCACGCUGAAGGCAAAAACUGA